AUGCUGCACUUCCGUGUGGAGGAGUGGAAGCGAUCCACCAGGGAGGGAGAUGUGGCCACGCUCAUGGACACGAGGCUGAAGGGACCCGUGUACCGGAUCCGGGGCUCUGUCCCUGGCAGCAGCUACCUGCAGCUGCCCCGCACUGGCACGCAGUCGCUGGGGCUGACCGGGCGCUACCUCUACCUGCUCUUCAGGCCCAUGCCCCGCAAGCACUUUAUUGUCCACCUGGAUGUCACCACCGAGGAAAAGCAAGUGGUUCGCAUCUCCUUCUCCAGCCUCUUCAAGGAAUUCAAAUCCACGGCCACCUGGCUGCAGUUCCCCUUUGUCUGUGGAAUGGCUGAGGGCUUGGCCAGGACACCCAGGCACGGUCUGGUGGGAGCUGCCCCCACCGACGUGCGCUGGACCUGCCUCGUGCUUGACCUUUGCUCCAUCCUCUCCCUCUACCUCAACCGCCACUACAGCCACCUCAAGAGCAUCAAGCUCUGCUCCAACCUGCUGGUGAAAAACCUCUGCACCAGCGACUUGGUGUUUGACCCAGGCGUGACCUUCUCUGAGGCCCGUCAAGCCGAGCUGUCGUGCUGCGGGGUCGCGCCCAUGCCGCGGGAGAUGGCUUUCCCUGUGCCGAAGGGCGAGAAGUGGCACGACCUCUACGACUACAUCAGGUUCCCAUCCAAGGGGUCCAAGCUGCCGAACGACUCCAUCCAGAAGAGCUGUCCCAGCCCUGUGGCAGGUGGCCAAGCCCCAGAGGAGCCCGUACAGCAGCAGGCAGUGGUGCUCACCAGUGCAGUCCGUGACCGACUGUCCCUCAUCCAGCAGAUAACCAGUCCCAAAGCUAUGCCACACCGCUGUCCUGUCAUUCCAAAAAGCAUCCCCGAGGUUCACCUGACAGCCUCCAGGCCUCUGAGAGCUGUGCCAGCUGGGGCCCAGGAGCUAGAGCAGAACCAGAAGUCGCACAGUGUGGGAGACACUGGCCAGUCUCCAACAGUCAGCGACGGUGGCAUCCACGUGUAUGCUUACCGGAGGAGCAAACGAGCUACCCGAGCUGUCCAUGCUGGCUCAGAACAGAGGCUCUUACCCGAUCCCAUCCUGAAACUGAGAAUGAUUAUUGGCUUCGGAGGCUGCAGCACCAAGUGGGCACUGUGGGCUCAGAACAACACUGCAGUGGUCUACCCCUGCCACGCGGUCAUUGUGGCCCUGCAGAUCCACUCCAGGAAGCAGAGGUUCUUCAUUGGGCACACGGAUAAGGUGUCAGCACUGGCCUUCAAUGGGAGCAGCACCUUGCUGGCUUCCGCGCAGGCUGGUCCCUGGAGCGUCGUACGCCUCUGGGACUUCCCGACAGGAAGCUGCCUCUCCAUGUUCAAAACCCACGUCCACUCCCUCUUGUCCCUGAGCUUUUCCUACAGUGGAGCCGUUCUGUGCGGUGUUGGAAAGGACGUGCACGGCAAAACGAUGGUGGUGGUGUGGAACACUGCUCAGGUGACCCGGGGUGGAGAGGUGGCCAUGCUGGCCAAAGCACACACAGAUGUGGACAUCCAGGCCUUGAAGAUUACUUCUUUUGAUGAUACCAGGAUGGUGUCUUGUGGCUGGGACAACAUCAGGCUGUGGCGAGUGCGGAGCGGAGCACUGCGCUCCUGUCCAGUCGACCUUGGCGAGUACCAUUCCCUGGAGUUCACUGGCCUGGCCUUCCAGGAGGAACAUGCAGCUGAGCGGGAGCGCGAGGAUCACACGUUCUUUGUCUGCAGCAAGAGCGGCCACAUCUUGGAGGUGGACUAUGAGAACGUGAGCGUGAGGAGUGUGCGGCGGGUGCGGCCCCCGCCACGUGCUGGGAUUGCUAUAAACAGCAUUAGCAUCUCCUCACACUUCUGUGCCACGGGUUCAGAAGAUGGCUACCUGCGGCUGUGGCCACUGAACUUCUCAGCCGUUGUCGCAGAGGCAGAGCAAGAGGCUCCGGUGAGUUGUGUGUGCAUCAGCCCGGAUGGCCACAGAAUCUUGUGCACGACGGCUGCUGGGUAUCUGGGCUACCUGGAUCUCCAGUCCUGGGACUCCAACACUCUCAUGCGCUCUCAUGAGGACUCCGUUCUGGCGUUCUCCAUGGAGGGGAUUUGGAAGCGAAUGGCAACGGUGUCUCAGGACAGCACCAUCCGGGUCUGGGACCUUGUCUCCAUGCAGCAGCUAUACGACUUCACAGCUGCAGAGGGAAAACCGUGUGCUGUGGCCUUUCACCCUACCCAGCAAAUCCUGGCCUGUGGCUUUGACAACGGGAUGGUGUGGACCUUCAGCCUGGCCACCUCCAGUCUCCUGGUGGAGCACAAGCAGCACCGCACUGUCAUCACUGGGCUGACCUUCUCUCCAGAUGGCAAUUUUAUGUUCAGCUCCUGUUUGCAGGGAAGUCUGGCUCUUUACAGCUGCAUGGCACAGAAAAGCCACGUCUUGAGAGUCUUGGGCAAUGUGGUGGCCCGGGAUGCUGGGAGCGGUCCGGAUGCGCUGGUGGUCAGCGGGGACAGUUGUCUCCUCGCCUUCGUGGGGCCCUCCAAGUACGUUGUGACUGUGAUGGAGGCCUGCUCACUGGAUGAGCUGCUGAGGGUGGACAUCAGCAUCCUUGAUUUGAACAGCACGGCCUUGGACUCUGCAGUGAGAGUCUGCUUUGCUCCUGUGCCUCGAGGUGAACUCCUGGUGGCCACUUCUUCCAAUAAAAUCCUUGUGCUUGAUGCAAAAACAGGACGACUGGUGCGAGAGGUGUCUCCCGUGCACAAGCUGUCCUGUUCUUCCUUGGCAUUGAGUGAGGAUGGCAGGUACCUGCUCACUGCUGGUGACAAAGUCGUCAAGGUGUGGGACUAUCAGAUGCGCUCCAAUAACAACUUCCAGGUGUACAUUGGGCACUCAGAGCCAGUGCGCCAGGUUGCCUUCACCCCAGACCAGCAGCAUGUCAUCAGUGUUGGAGAUGCCAUCUUCCUAUGGGAUUUCCUAGCUCUGCCUGAGAAGAAGUCACCACCAGCUGGGCUUCGUUCCUCUGAGUCCGUUCCGCUGCUGGGGCCAGGUAUCUUCUCUGAGUCAGACAAAGAGGACGAAGCAGAUCUGCCAGGCAGCAGCAGGAUGAUGGUGAAUGGAGACAAAGAUGCCUCGGUCCUUGUGGUGGAGCCAAUGAGGAAUGAGGAGCUCGUUGUGGUGAGGCCCAAAGAGAGGCAGGAGAGCUCGAGGUCUCCUGGAGCAUUGGCAAGUGCAGAACCCAGAAAGGAGAUCAGAAGCCCCAAGCCCCAGUGCUCUGUGCGCCCAGAUUCCUACCGGCAUUUCACUCCUCGCUUCAAGGCAUCGGUGCUCCCUGAGAGUUUCUUACCUCCUCCAGCUGGCAGUGAGGUCUUGAAGCUGAAAGCAGUGAUCGGCUACAAUGGGAAUGGCAGAGGGAAUAUGGUGUGGAACCCGGACACAGGCUUCUUCGCCUACACCUGUGGCUGCAUCAUCGUGGUGGAAGACCUGCACUUGGGAUCACAGAAUCACUGGCUUGGCCAUGCAGAGGAGAUUUCUACACUUGCUGUCAGCCAUGAUGCCCAGGUUCUUGCCUCUGCCUCAGGAAAGAAGAAUGGAGACUCCCACUGUCAGAUCUGCAUCUGGAAUGUCCAGGAUGGGCUUUGCACAGCAAGUCUUUUCCACCAUGAGACCCAAGUCCAAGCCAUGGCAUUCUCUCGGGAUGAUCGAUUCCUUGUCACCCUCGGGGACUACAGCGAUCAAACCAUUGCUCUGUGGAACACCUACACUUAUGAACUCAUGUGGUCAACUUGUAUCUCAGAGCCAGUCCAUGACGUGGCUUUUAGUCCUUUUUCUCACAGAGAACUGGCCUGCGUGGGGCAGGGAGCUGUGAUGUUCUGGCUGUUGGAGCAGCAGGGAGCUGAUGUCCACCUCAAGGUUCAUCGUGCCCCUGCUCCAGAUGUGUUGGGGCCGGUGGAGCUGACCUCUCUCUGUUACGGUGCCGACCCUCUUCUUUAUAGUGGGACAAACUCAGGCCAGAUCUGUGUGUGGGACACUGGGACUAAUCGCUGCUUCAUGACGUGGGAGGCCGAUGAGGGUGAGAUCGGUGUGCUGGUGUGUCGGCACCACAGGCUGCUGAGCGGCAGCAACACGAAACGCAUCCGCCUGUGGGCAGUGGCCGCUGUGCAGGAGCUGAGGCUGAAAGGUCCCGAUGCCAG